AUGGAGGCCGGCGGGUACCAGCCGCGGCUCGGCUAUUCGUGGCAGCCGGUUGGCCAGCAGUUGACGACGUACGCGAAGGACAUGAGCGAGCCCCAGACCCCGGAUGACGUGCGAGAGGCACGCGACAACCUGCGGCGCGUGACGGAGAAGGAGCCCGCGUCCGAGGACCUCCGGGACUACCUCGCCUCCUGCGACCGCGACGGCCUCGUCGCGCUCCCCAAGGACUGGCCGCGGCCCCUCCAGUUCGGCGCCCGGAACCUCGCUCCUAUUCCCGAGGCCGUCCAGGACCGGUACAACUCCGGACAGGCGCGGGUGUGCUUCUGCGGGCUCUUCCCGGAGAUCGGCUACGCGUGGGCGUCCCUGGACUCGAGUUUAUACCUCUGGCGCGUCGGUCGGACGGGCGAGAGGCCCAUGGAGUAUAACAGCGAGGACGCCCCCAUCUGCGCGGUCGGGCUCGCGCGGCCGCGCCCGGGCGUGCAGGACGGCUGCUCGCACGUCCUCGUCGUGUGCACCACGCAGGACGUCGCGCUCCUCUUCGUCACCGGCGGCGACGCCACCGGCUCCACUCCACUCGACCUCCAGGGCCUCCCGCUGUACACCACGUCGUCGGACGGCGUCACGAUGUGCUCCGUGGGCUCCACGAAGGCCGGCCGCAUCUUCCUCGGCGGCGUCGACGGCGCCCUGUACGAGGUCUGGUACCGCGCGCCCAACGGCGAGCUCGAGUGCGGCAAGCGGUGCCACACGGACGGCGUGGUGAAGCGGUUCCUGGGCAAGACGUCGCUGCUGCGGUCGCUGCUGCCGUCCUCGUGGCUCGGGGACACAUCGCAGCCCAUCAUGCAGAUUGAGAUCGACGAGACGCGCAACACGCUGUUUGCGCGCACCCCGACGGGCGUCAAGGCCUUCUACCUCUCGAGUCCGGACCGGGCGGAGCUGGUCGGGGAGGUGCAGGGCGUCGUGGAGCAGGCCAAACGCCUCGAGGGGGCGGGGCUGUCGCGCGCGGCGCCGUCCAGGACCCUGGCACACAUUGCGCCCAUCGGGUCGAACGAGUCCUCGCGCAUCGGCGUCCUGGCGAUCACGGUCGACGGGUUCACGGUCGUGCUCGGCACGCGCCCCAGCCGGGGCCGGCCCACGUGCCUGCACGUGUCGUUCGUGCUGGAGCCUAUCGACCACCCGAGCUCUCCGCUGCACCGGGAACAGGUGCCCGCGGAGGCGCUGCUGCGGUCGUCGGGGCGCUCGACGGUCGGCGCGGCGGCGUGGUGCGCCGGCACGCUGCUGGUCGCCAAGGCGGUGGAGCCAAAGGCGGGGGAGGGUCCGGGGGGGAGUGUGGGGGGGUCUGGGGCGUCGGAGCUGUGCCCCGUGCUGAUGUGGGGCCGCGCACCGGCGAGCAUCCGCGAAGUGCACCACGGCGCAGCGGCGACGCGCGCGCAGGUCGUCGCGCAGAUGGACGCCCCGCUCCAGGGCGUCGCCGUCGCGGCCGCCACGUGCCCCGGACGCGCUCCACUCGACACCCUUGUCCUGGCACGCGCCAAGUCCCCGACUUGGCGCGUCUCCGGCGGGGACCUCGCCGCGCAGUGCCUCCUCUCGCGGCCCAAGUUCCUCGUCAUGACCUCGCGCGUCGUCGCCGAGGUCGAGCGCUGGUGGCCCGUGGACAUCCUGGAGGGAAUCCUGACGGCGUCGCGCGGGGCCUCUCACGGCGAGAUCGGCCGCUUCGCGGACAAGUUCGGCCGCGACGAGCUCGCCGCGAUGUGCUACCUCCUCGCGGCGAAGGGCGAGUGCUCGUCCGUGACGCUGCGCGCGUGCCGCGAGGUGCUGCUGAAUGCCGAGAUCGUCGGCCGCCCCGCGAUGGUUCUCGAGCCCCCGCGCGCCGCCGCGCCGCAGCCGAACCUCCUCGGCGCCGGCACGCCAGGCGAGCAGGCCCUCGCGGCCGGCGCCGCCGCCGCCGCGGGCCAGGCCGCGCCGCAAGUCACUCCGCAGUUCUCCGCCGUACACGAAGGCUUAUGUCUGUACCUCUCGCGGACGCUCGAGCUGCUGUGGGACCAGCCGCUCUUCACGAGCGAGCCCGCGGACCCCGCGCGCCCCAGGGACGAGCAGGUCUUCGUCUGCGCGCCUGAGGUCGUCGCGGCGCUCCCUGCGUUGCACUCGCGGCUCGCAAACCUCGCACGCUUCCUGCGGGAGAUGCGCGAACUGCCCGGGGCGCGCCGCCAGCGCGGCGCGGUCGCGACGCCCGACGUGGACGUCCGUGCGGCCGCGAACGGCCUCGGCCUGGGCCGCGACGCCAUGGCGCCUGCCGCGAAGCGCAUGCGCACGGGCGGGGACGCGUGGCACGCCGAGGACGCGGCGAUGCGGUCGCUGAUCGCGCUCGUGAUGCGCUGUGCCGAGGUCCUGCAGCUCGUCGAGGCCAUCGUCGAGUCCAACCUCCUUCGCGAAGCAUCAAAGAUGGAUCUGGCAAUCAUCGGCGAGGAGAUACAGCGCCGGCCGACGCUCGAGGCGCUGGUGUGCGAGCCGGGCGGCGACGAGCUCGUCCGGCGGCUCGCGGUGCAGGCCGUGAACGCCCGCGGGCAGCCCGGCGCGGGCAACGCGCUGCGGCGGCGCCUGCAGCUGAGUGCUCCCUCCUUCUUCGGGGAGGCAGAGCAGCGCUGCUACGACGCGGGCGAGCUGCUGCGGCGCGCGGCGGACAUCACGGACGCCGUGGAGCGCGAGAACUACAUCCAGAGGGCCCUCGACGAGAUGCUGAAGGUGCCUUUGUCAGUCGACCUGAGGAAACAAAGCCAGGAGCUGUUCAAGCUCGGGCACGUGGGGGGCAUCAUCGAGCUGACCCUGAGCGCCGCGGAGAGCCUCUACCGCGGCGCUGUCGCCAAGGGCGGCGCGGGGGAGGCCUCGGCGGGCGACCAGCAGCUCGGCGACCCCCGGAACGCCUGCUAUGAGGUCGUGGCGGCUCUGGUGUGCGACAGGUUCCGCGAGCGGGACCGCCGGGGCUUCCAGAAGCUGCUGCGCGCGAUCGCGGACACGCGGAAGCGCGACGCGCGGUUCGCGGACUACGUGUACGGCCGCCUCGUCGAGCGCAUGGCCAGCCCGGAGCUGCGCGGCAUGGAUCAAGAAAUCAUAUCUGCCGGCCCGCCCGUCGACGACUUCCUGCGCCGGGAGGCCCGCCUCGACGACAGCCCCGCGCCGCAGGCCCUCGCGCCGUUCACGCAGCGCCAGGAGGCCUGCGCGCGGCUCCUCGCGGACUACUACGGCCUCCCGCCGCGGUGCGACCACGCGGCGCGGGCCUUCGUGCUGCAGCAGCUCGCCCUGCGGCAGUCCGGCCCGGAGGACAUGGGCCUCACCACGAUCGCGAUCGAGCGCCGCAUCGAGCUCCUCCAGCAGGCGAUCAACAGCGCGGAGGCGUCGAAGCAUGGCUGCCCACGGGAAUUCUUGCGCUGGCGGCGACACUUGGACGUCCAGCACGCGAUUCUGCGGAAGGUGGACCCUCGCGCCGCGCAGGGGUCGCACUCCGAGGAUGGCGGGCGGUCGCCGCGCGCGGCGGCGCGGCAGCUCGCGUCGCCUGUCGACAAGACGCGCUUGCAGGAGCUGCGCACGCAGGUGCUGGACGAGGGGACUCUGUUCAACGACUGGUGCGAGCAGGAGGAGCUCUGGGCCGAGGGGCUGCGGAUAUUCGCGUUGCGGGACGACUACGAUGUCUCGACGGACCUCCCUCAGUUCGCGCAGACGUACUGGGAGAACUUCGUCUUCGCGAGCUGGAUGGGGACGGAGCGCGGCGGCGCGACGCCCGGGGAGCGGCUGGCGCAGGUGUGCCGCGAGGUCGCUGCGCUGGGACAGAUGCUGGAGCCGGGACACUUCUCGUUCCCCGUGGAACACGUCGCGGCGCUGCUGCUGCACCUGGCGGACGUUGUGCGGGACGCGGUGGACCUGCGGGACGCGACGGCGUCGGUUGCGCGCGGGCUAGUGCGCGCGUGCGAGCGCGGCGGGGAGGGCGGGGAGGUGGCGACGGAGUGCUAUGUUCUACAGGUGCUGGAACACCUGCAGGACGCGCGGCCGCGGGACCUGUGCGUGGAGCCGUACGCGGUACUGCACACGAUGAAGCACGUGAUCGCGCAGGCGCUCCAGAGCGGGUCGCCCGCCGGCUCGCGGCUGCGGGGGGAGAUGGAGGGCUGGUGCCGCCGCUGCCGGGCGCAGGUCAGGAGGCACCUGACGGGGUCGGACGCGGACGAUCUGGUCGCGGGGCUGACGGAGCUGGAGCAGGACGCGUCCGGGGUCGCCGCGGGCGGCUUCGGGACGCCGAUGCUCCUGUCCAGGCCGUUUCGGAGUUAG